AUGGCCGCCCCGGGAGACCAGCGCAUAGCUGUUCCUAUCGACGACCCCAACGCCGACACAGAAUGGAACGAUAUCCUUCGCAAGCAUGGUGAAGCUAUCGAGGAGGCGCGCCGACUUGCACACGAGAACAGGCUUGAAGGCAAGGACCUGGACGAGCUUGACGAACUUGAAGACGAGGAGGACGAAGAGUUCCUGGAGAUUUACCGCCAGCAGAGGAUGAAGGAGCUCAGCGCACUGCAAAAGAAGUCGGUACACGGUAGCGUCUACCCCUUAUCCAAGCCCGAAUACUCCCGCGAAGUCACCGAUGCGUCACAGAACGGACCAGUGUUUGUCCUCCUUACCUCCUCCUUGGGCACCAACGUCGAGUCGAGAGUUCUGUCAGAGCUGUGGCGCCAGGCAGCAAGGGAGUACGGCGACAUCAAGUUCUGCGAAAUGAGAGCGUCGCAAGCUAUCGAAAACUACCCUGAGCGCAACUGUCCUACGAUUUUGGUCUAUAACAAGGGGGAUAUUGUCAAACAGGUUGUGACGCUCAUGACAAUGCACGGUGUCAAGACCAGCAUGUUGGACAUCGAUAAGCUACUCGUCGAUGUUGGGGCGAUCCCUGACAAUGACAUGCGGGUUGCCAAGAGAAGGAGGGAGGUUCAGGAUGCGGAGGAGGAGAAGCUCUUUAGCAAGAACAUCAGAAGCACCUCUGACCACAAGGAAGAGGACGACGAUGACUGGGACUAA